UUCUUUCCCAGCAGGGUUGUGCUUACAUUACUCUUUAGAUCUCUCUUGAAGAGGGCUGGUAUAUUUGUGCCUGCUGGAGGUGGAAUUAACAGUAAGAAGGAGAAAGGGAUUGAAUGGACUUACAGGAAGGAUUUCAAGUAAAUUCAGGGAAACACAUUUACUUGAAUAGUACAACCUAGAGUAUUAUUUUACACUAAGACGACACAAAAGAUGUUAAAGUUAUCACCAAGCUGCCGGACAGAUAUAUAUUCCAACACCAAGGUGCAGAUCAGCAUAGAUCUGUGAUUCAGAGAUCAGGAUUUGUUUUGGAAAGAGCUCAAGGGUUGAGAAGAACUCAAGAGCAAGUGAAGAUUACUUUGGGAACUACAGUUUAUCAGAAGAUCAACUUUUGUUAAUUCAAAUACCAAAGGCCUGAUUAUCAUAAAUUCAUAUAGGAAUGCAUAGGUCAUCUGAUCAAAUAAUAUUAGCCGUCUUCUGCUACAUCAAUGCAGCAAAAACUCUUAACAACUGUGGAUAAUUGGAAAUCUGAGUUUCAGCUUUCUUAGAAAUAACUACUCUUGACACUUUCCAAAAUAUUUAAAAUAGGACAGGAAAAUCAGUGAGGAUGUUGUGCUCAGAAAUGUCACUGUCAUGAAAAAUAGGUAAAUUUGUUUUCAGCUACUGAGAAAGUGUACCUCCUAGAAACUUAGAUUUUUUUUUUUUUUUUUUUUUUUUUUUUUUUUUUUUUAAGAGGACAAGAAGGACUAAAAAUAUCAACUUUUGCUUUUGGACAAAAAUGCAUCUGACUGUAUUUUUACUUAAGGGUAUUGUGGGUUUCCUCUGGAGCUGCUGGGUUCUAGUGGGUUAUGCAAAAGGAGGUUUGGGAGACAAUCAUGUUCACUCCAGUUUUAUUUAUAGAAGACUACGGAACCACGAAAGACGGGAAAUACAAAGGGAAAUUCUCUCUAUCUUGGGUUUGCCUCACAGACCCAGACCAUUUUCUCCUGGAAAACAAGCGUCCUCUGCACCUCUCUUUAUGCUGGACCUCUACAAUGCCAUGACCAAUGAAGAAAAUCCUGAAGAGUCGGAGUACUCAGUAAGGGCAUCCUUGGCAGAAGAGACCAGAGGGGCAAGAAAGGGAUACCCAGCCUCUCCCAAUGGGUAUCCUCGUCGCAUACAGUUGUCUCGGACGACUCCUCUGACCACCCAGAGUCCUCCUCUAGCCAGCCUCCAUGAUACCAACUUUCUGAAUGAUGCUGACAUGGUUAUGAGCUUUGUCAACUUAGUUGAAAGAGACAAGGAUUUUUCUCACCAGCGAAGACAUUACAAAGAAUUUCGAUUUGAUCUUACCCAAAUUCCUCAUGGAGAGGCAGUGACAGCAGCUGAAUUCCGGAUAUACAAGGACCGGAGCAACAACCGAUUUGAAAAUGAAACAAUUAAGAUUAGCAUAUAUCAAAUCAUCAAGGAAUACACAAAUAGGGAUGCAGAUCUGUUCUUGUUAGACACAAGAAAGGCCCAAGCUUUAGAUGUGGGUUGGCUUGUCUUUGAUAUCACUGUGACCAGCAAUCAUUGGGUGAUUAAUCCACAGAACAAUUUGGGCUUACAGCUCUGUGCAGAAACAGGGGAUGGACGUAGUAUCAACGUAAAAUCUGCUGGACUUGUGGGAAGACAGGGACCUCAGUCAAAACAACCUUUCAUGGUGGCCUUCUUCAAGGCGAGUGAGGUACUUCUUCGAUCUGUGAGAGCAGCCAACAAACGAAAAAAUCAAAACCGCAAUAAAUCCAGCUCUCAUCAGGACUCCUCCAGAAUGUCCAGUGUUGGAGAUUAUAACACAAGUGAGCAAAAACAAGCCUGUAAGAAGCACGAACUCUAUGUGAGCUUCCGGGAUCUGGGAUGGCAGGACUGGAUUAUAGCACCAGAAGGAUACGCUGCAUUUUAUUGUGAUGGAGAAUGUUCUUUUCCACUUAACGCUCAUAUGAAUGCCACAAAUCAUGCUAUAGUUCAGACUCUGGUUCAUCUGAUGUUUCCUGAUCACGUACCAAAGCCUUGUUGUGCUCCAACCAAAUUAAACGCCAUCUCUGUUCUGUACUUUGAUGACAGCUCCAAUGUCAUUUUGAAAAAAUAUAGAAAUAUGGUAGUACGCUCAUGUGGCUGCCACUAAUAUUAAAUAUUGAUAAUAACAAAAGAUCUGUAUUAAGAUUUAUGGCUGCAAUAAAAAGCAUACUUUCAGACAAAUGAGGAAUUUCCUAAAAUUAGUCUGGCUCAUUUUGACUCUUUUCCUAUGUACAAUAUCAUGUAUAGUACAAUAUCAUGUAUAUAGUCAUUUUUAUUUAUUUAAAGGUAUAUAUUCUCUUUUGUGGAUGCUUUAUCAGUAAAAUUUAUAGGCCACUACAUUAUACAGUAGAUCAUCUAGUCUAAUUCUCAAUGGGUUAUGCUGAGUCCAUUCAAUUCCAAUUCAACAUUUUUUUCGAAUACAAUUUUAUAUAAUUUUCUGAGAUUAGACAGAACUCCUUUGACUGUUUAAUAUUGUGGAAGGAAAUUGAAUAAUUUAUUUAUAUUGUGCCAAUGAAAACCACGAUAGGAUAUUUAUUUAGCAAUAAGACUUAAAAAAAAUAACAACCCAAACAAAAAUGCUUGGAUAAACACAAUUUCUCUUUUAGAGUUCCUGCUUCAUUAGAUAAAGUGAAAUGUUGAACUGGAUUUGAAUAAAUAAACAGUAGGCAGAACAUAGAAGCUGAAAGAUUGCACAUAAUUGUUUUAACUGUUUGCUUUAAUAAAACUGGUGUAACUGUAGGAGCAUGUUCCUUUUUGGCUUGUGAACUGUAGAUUUUGCAAAGAGCUCAAAGCUUCAGAAGACAGGCUUGAGCCUGUGUCCAUAGCUUUCCAACUUAACACUAACUGUAGUACAACCUUCUUACCUCAAAUAAAUCGUAUCUGCCUAUUGUCUAGAACACUACUGCUGCAGAAUUUUUUUUUUUUUUUAGAUUUAAAAACCUAGUCCAAAAUAAAGAAACAUUUACAUGUGCUCCACUUUCCGCCCCACAGGCAGGAGUCACUGCAUGCAUAAAAUGUACAAGAGCAGAAGAUGCCGACAGAACCAUUUUCUUUAACCCUCCUUUAUAACUGAGUUUGCUGAUUGAUGUGAUGCAAGGGAUUUUAUUUAUAAGUAAAAGCACUGAAACUAAACUGGAGGAAAUUAUCAAAAGUCCCAGAAUGGCUUUGACAGAAUUGCCAUUUCUGAAGAACAGCUGAAAUUCAUUUUUCAUAUCUUUGAGAGUGAGCUCAAUGAAAACCUUAUUUUGUAAAGAGAUUCUGUAAACCUUCUUCCAAGCACAAAUAAUUCCAAACAGGAAGGUUCUGGGGCGGGGGUGGGGGGUGUGUGGGUGUGUGCAUGUGUGUUCUUCCCUCUAAAAUUAAUUUAUUUUCUCUAUCUAUUGGAAUGCCCUGUAAGGCCUUUCUCUGACACACACUGACUUUUUGAAGAAUGAUCUUCAGAAUGAUAACUUGCUAUUUUAUGGUGACUCUGUGGUUAGGCUUAUUUACAGUUAAUCUAAAAUAUUCAUAAAGCACCAUUUAUUAAUCAUCCUUUUGGAUCUUUCAAACAAAAUUUAAAAGUGUCUUCAAAAAUGUUAUGGCUUUGUUUGUAAUUCAGGUAUAUUAAAAUGUUUUGAAAUACAGUUUAUCUUAAAGAAAAUUUGACAGUAACUAUAUUAACGGGGACGUUAAGUAAUAUAUUUUUGAUUAAUGGUGUACCAUUGAGAGAAUAAGAAAUGGAAGUCUAUUAUUUUAUUCUUUAAAUGUGCUGUUUAAAUAUAUUUCCAUAUUUUAAAAUAAAACAGAUGCUAAUUUCUGCUGUU